AUGAUACCAAUUACAGAAAAUAACAAUAAUAAAAAUAAAGAAUUAAAUGUAGAGUUUUUUAAAGAUAAAGAAAAUAAAUUAAAUGUUAAAAUUAUAACAGAAAGAUUAUUAAUUAGAAAUGUUACAAGCGAUAUAGAGGAUAGAAAGAAAUUUCAUAAACUUUUAACAGAUCCAAUCAAUACUAAAAAGUAUGGUUUUGGUGUUCAAACUAUUGACCAAAUUGAUAAAGAAUAUAAUGAAUGGUUGGAAUGCUGGGAAAAUAAUGACCCAUGUGGUGGAUUAAUGGUAUUUUUAAAAGAAACUAACGAAUUUAUAGGUCAUGUUAUGUUAAUGCAUGGAAAAGUUCCGGGAGAAGCUGAGAUUGCUAUCAUUCUCGACAAAGACUAUCAAGGUAAACAAUAUGGCACCGAAAUGAUACACUCAAUGGUCCAACAAUAUUCAUUAGCUAUUAUCAAUGAAGGUUUAUUAGUUUUAGGUAAACCAUUAUACACUCUAUAUGCCACCGCUCGUGUUGAUAAUCAUGGUUCAAUGAAAAUCAUUCAAAAAGCCGGUUUAGUUUAUUACCAUCAAGAGGUUUUAUAUGGAUUUUUAAGAAAUUUUUAUAGAUUAAAUUUAUAA